AUGCCGAAUACCUUUCAGGGGCUCCUCUCCUUCCCCGAAUUUUCAGGCAAUGAUCUGGACUCAGCCGGCAGAUCUGAGUUGGUUUUCCAGUUCCACACGAUUCUAAACAACUUGUCAAUCCAGCUUUGUUGUCCCAUUUGCCAAGAUGUACCAACACAGCCUUACCUCUUACCAACUUGUGGUCACACCUUCUGCUACUCGUGUAUAAAGCACUGGUUCCAAUGCAACCCUUCGUGUCCGAUUUGCCGCUCAAUUAUUGGGGAAACAAAACCCAUACUGAACCAUUCUGUGAAGAAUAUUAUUGUGGCGUUGAUCGACGAUCUGUCCCAAACGGCAAAAGAACUGCACCUGAAGGAUUACAAAUCGUAUAAGAAAAAACUCGAGUCAUGGGAAAAGGAGAAAAAUGAGGAGUUCUCCGUCGAUAAGGCAAAUGACUUCCCCUGGCUGAAGAAGAUAGCCUCCAACUGGGGCAGAGCAGUUGUCGACACUGAGGAUGGUGUCCCGCGAUGCUCGGCGUGCCAUUGGGAACUAGUUGAUGGCCAUUGUGAGAACUGCGGUAGGACAAUGGUCGGAUGGCAGGAUAGGACCGAUGGCGAUGAGUUGGAUGACGACGACGAUGACGAGGAGGAUGAAGAUGAGUUUGGUCGGGGACCGCGUCGAGACCGUGCUCUUCAUUCAGAUUCCGACGACUGGGAAGAUUAUGACAACGGGCUGAACGAUAUGCGUGGGCGGAUAGUCGAUAAUGAGGCCGAAGAAAGCGACGGCGGCGAAGAAGACGGCGACGGGACGGAGGAUAACGAUGCAUAUAGGAGGCGGUCGCACAAUGAGAGAAGGGAUCACCAUCAUGGCGACGAAACUGGCUAUGUUGAUGCAUACGAUAGUGAUGACGGAUUUGUGGUGGAUGAUGAUGAAGAAAAGGAGGAAGAGGACAACGACGAUGAUAAUGAGAGCGGCGACAAUGAAUAUGUGAAUACUUCAGACGUCGAGAUAGUUGAUGAGGACAAGUUUGCCUCAGGCGAUGAGGAUGUGAUACUGAAUGCCAAUGCGGCUGAACCGGUCUACCUUUCUGAUGAUGAAUCUGAUGGCGGACUUAUCAAUCCACGACGUUCACGAGCAUUGUUGCCGAGCGACGACGACGACGUAUCAGAAGAAGAAGAAGAUAUCGAAGUACACGGUGGCGAUAGCGAUGACGACGAUGAUGUAGAUGAUGAUCUCCUGAAGACAGUCAAAUCAGGAAGGAAAAAGGCGAUUCUAGACGACGAAGAUGAAGAUGACGAUGACGAUGACAAUAACGAUGACGCAGCGGGUGAUGAUCUUUCAAGUGACGACUUAAUACCUUCCAGAAGUCACUCCUCAAGGCACAAGAAGAAGAAAAGAAGAACAGCCUAG